CAGCCGGGCGAAGCAUCCUCCUCCACCCUUCACCCGUUUUCAAGAAAGUAGCGAAGCCCGACGCCUACGACGAGAUGGCAACCACCACAGCCGCCGCCGCGUUGAGCAUGAAGCUCCUCAUCAACAAGAAGGCGCAGCGGGUGCUGUUCGCGGAGGCGAGCAAGGAGGUGGUGGACUUCCUCUUCUCCCUCCUCGCGCUGCCCGUCGCCAAGGCCGUGAAGCUGGUCGGGAAGGAUGCCAUGGUCGGCUGCGUCGGCAACCUCUAUGCCAGCGUCGACAAGCUUGACUCCACCUACCUGCAGGCCGGCGCCGCCAAGGACGCGCUCCUCUGCCCCACAGUUGUCUCGCCGGCGGCGAACACCCGCAGCUCCCUCCUCCGUCUGCCGGAGCCGUCGUCGGUGCAGCCAGAGAAUCUGUAUAGAUGCACCGGCAAUAGCUACAUCACGGACGAGUAUGACAAGGAGUGCCCGCAAUGUGGCUACUCCAUGUCCAUGGAGACCGUAGUGCACAACUACCGGCCGUCGGCGAGGGCCGCUAGAGGCCAAACGGUGGCGCAGAGCGCGGUGGGAGGGUUCGUGCAGGGCAUCGUGACGUACACGGUGCUGGACGACCUGACGGUGACGCCCAUGUCCGCCAUCUCCAGCAUCACCCUGCUGAACACCUUCGCCGUGGCGGACCUCGGCGACCUGGAGGAGAAGAAGGUGAAGCUGGGCUACAACGAGGGCUUGGCGGUCCUCAAGGCCUCCCUGCAGUCCAAGACGGUGCUCACGGAUGUCUUCAUCCACGGCAAGGCUGCGUCGUCUAGUGCUCGCGCUUGAAGGCCACCGUGCUAGCGGGCGCGACUGGCUCCUGGCGUGAACGAAAUAAGUAAGGUUUGGUUUGCUCUUUUGUGAUGGGAUGGAUCAACUUGCUGCGACGACGUCGUCCGGCCGUUUUAGCCUUUUGGUUUGGGUUUGUACUGAACUGAUAUCAUCUGGUAGCUUUUGGUUGGCGGAUCGCAUGGGGUCUUAUUUGGUUGCGAUGUCGGUGCCGGCGUGCCGCAAAGGGACUGAACUUUGUACACACAUGCCCUGUUCAACGUCCAUGGAUUGCUUGCUGUGUCA